AUUCCGCAAUUUAUGGUGAAGUGUCUGAGCGCAGACAAGAAGCAGGUGGAGUGCACGCAGUUGGGAUUGUUGAGUCAUCUCAAAUCCCACCCCUCCCUGUAUCCCUCCCUCUUCCCGCAAUUCGUGGUGGAGUGUUUGAACGCGACUCACAAGAAGCAGGUGGCGUGCACAUAG